ACAGUAGUCUUUGCCGUACGUUAAGAAACUCUCUCUCUCUCUCUCUCUAGAGUUGGAUAACAAAAUUCAUCAGUAAUUUGAAUCUUCCCCAAAACCCUAAAAUUCCAAUUCCAAUUCCAAUUCAAUUCAUUGAUUCUCAAUCCAGGCUCUGAGUGUAUGAUGCAAGAUAGAACCUCCGCGCCCACCGAAACGACGCCGUUGGUGGCUCAGAAUGAUCAUUUAAGAAGUGAUGGGCUAAUCCCUCAACUAUUUACCUCUGUACCAGCUUUCAGUGAAGCUGCCUCUUAUCUGUCUCAGACAACUUCAUUAUUUACCCAAUGUUUCACUGAUAAUUCUGUAGAACCUUCUUCUGGAGAUUUUGGGGAUUCCAAUUUACAUGCUCAGGAAUUGGUGACCUUUUCAUCUGGAGAAACUAGGGGCUCUCAUGCUAAAUCUAGUGAUAAUGUGUCUUCAAGUGGAAAUUCAUUAUCUGCAGAGUCAUCUCAUACUGCAACCGACGCUCCCUCUACACUUGAUGGAACAAUGGAAAACUCUCCCGCAAAUUCAUCUCAAACUUCUAGUGCCAUUAUAGAAUCUAAUCAUGGCCAAAGUGGCAUUUCUAUCUUCCAAGGUCUUAUUGAUCGGGUGCGAAGAACUGUUCGUGGGUCUGCGGAUGAUAUAGGAUGGCUACAGCGUGAUCCUACUAUGCCCUCUGUUGAAGAGGGAACUGAAAGGUUCAUGGAAAUUCUGGGGGAUAUCAGGCAUGGUGUUCACAGAUUGCCAAACUCGAUGGUUUGUUUGUUGGUUCCAGGUCUUUUCAGCAACCAUGGACCACUAUAUUUUGUAAAUACAAAAAUGAGUUUGUCAAAGCUUGGACUGGCCUGUCAUAUAGCCAAAAUUCAUAGUGAGGCUUCAGUUGAGAAAAACGCUCGAGAGAUAAAAGAAUACAUUGAGGAAUUCUAUUGGGGUUCGAAAAAGCGUGUGUUAGUUCUUGGACAUAGCAAAGGGGGAAUAGAUGCAGCUGCUGCUAUGUCGUUGUAUUGGCCUGAUUUGAAAGAUAAGGUUGCUGGAUUGGUGUUAGCACAAAGUCCAUAUGGUGGUAGCCCAAUUGCUACAGAUAUCUUGCGAGAGGGACAGCUUGGUGAUUAUGUAAACUUACGGAAGCUAAUGGAGAUUCUGAUCUGCAAAGUAAUUAAGGGUGAUUUGCAAGCUCUGGAAGAUUUAACUUAUGACAGAAGAAGAGAGUUUCUGAAGAAACAUCCGUUGCCAAAGGAACUCCCUGUUGUUUCAUUUCAUACUGAAGCUGCCAUUUCUCCUGCUGUGUUAGCUACAUUAUCUCGCGUAGCACAUGCUGAGCUACCUAUGGUUGCUCCUGCAGGCCAACCGGCAAAACUUCCAGUAGUGAUACCUCUUGGCGCAGCUAUGGCUGCCUGUGCCCAGCUUCUGCAGGUCAGAUAUGGCAAGAAGAGUGAUGGACUCGUCACAUGCUGUGAUGCAGAAGUUCCGGGAUCCAUUGUUGUGCGGCCAAAACGUAAAUUGGACCAUGCCUGGAUGGUUUAUUCAUCAAUGCAAGAUGACCCUUCGGAGGCAGAUGCUUCUCAAGUGUGUGAAGCUCUUCUGAUGUUGCUUGUAGAAGCCGAGCAGAACAAGAGAAAGGACGAUGAAAGGAAAGAUGAUUGAGCUGAUGUGCUUCACUUUUCGUCCCAUUGUUCUUCUGUUGUAAUAUUGUUGUAGGUAUUUUUACCCUUUGUACAUAGCUGAAGCUUUGGCUCAAUGAAUAACCUCCCACGUUUAGUCCCUUUUCCAGUCUUUCUUUUCAUUCAAUUGGAGGAAAGUUAAAUGACUAUCAAACAUGGAAACACAGUUGUUCAAUCGA